AUGCAGGUGAGAGGAGCUCCACUCAUUGCUGUGGUAGGGGCGCUCGGUUUGCUUACUGAGAUGCAUCGAACUCAGUUCGCCGAUUCUGACCAGCUUGUCCGGUUCGUUCAGGAGAAAGUCAAUUAUCUGAUUGAAUCGCGGCCAACAGCAAUAAAUCUUCGUAACGCUCUGGACUACAUCUUAGAGGUGGCCCAAGGUGAAGGUGAUGCGGAGACGAGAAAGCAAAAUGUUGCUGAAGCUAUAUUGAAACUGCUCGAUGAUGAAGCUGAAGAGAACCGAAGAUUGAUUUGGAAUGGCUAUCAAGAGAUUCUGGGACUGAAACCGCCGCAGUCGAAAUUUGUUCUGAUGACCAUCUGUAACACGGGAACUUUGGCCACCUCAUCGUGGGGCACUGCUCUAGGGGUGAUUUAUGCUCUUCAUCAAGCGAAUCUUGUUGAAAUGGUUUAUGCACUGGAGACGAGGCCGUACAAUCAAGGCGUUCGCUUGACUGCUACCGAACUUCGUACGGCUAAAAUACCGUUCAAAUUGAUUACGGAUAGCAUGGCUGCAUGGACUAUGAAAACGCAUAAAAUCGAUGCAAUACUUGUUGGUGCUGAUCAAGUUGCUCUGAACGGUGACACUGCCAAUAAAAUUGGAACAUAUAUGUUGGCAGUACUAGCAAAACACCAUGGAAUACCGUUUUACGCUGUGGUUCCAGUCACGUCUGUGAACUUGUCUAGGCAGGCAGGAGAUGACAUCACAAUUGAAGAAAGACCAGCUGUCGAAAUGCUCUCAGUAAAUGGCGUAUUCAUCGGUACCGAAGAUACACCGGUCUGGAAUCCAGCAUUUGACGUGACCCCUGGAAAACUGAUCACCAAGAUAAUCACGGAUCGUGGGAACUUCGUUCCUGAAGAGUUGAAAAACACGAAUCUAAAAUGA